AUGACAUUUCAAGCAUCUGAAGCAAACAAGGAUAUUGGUCAUCGAAAUGUUUCCAACCCCAGCAUCAGCGGGAUGUCGAAGUAUGCCUUCAAUUUCACACCUCUUAUCUUUAUGCCACCUCAUAUUCUCUGCGCUUUAAAAAUUCCUUCUUCAACUUCUUCUUGGCUAGCUUCUUGUUCAACUUUAUUUCCUAAUUUACAAGGUCUUCCAUUUCGUGGGCAUGAUGAAACUGAAGAUUCAAAAAAUCAAGGUAACUUUCUUGAACUCCUACAAUGGUUAUGCAACCAUAAUAAAGAUAUUGAAGCCAUUUCUUUGAAAAAUGCUCCUGAAAACUUGAAAUUGACUGCACCAGACAUCCAAAAAGAUAUUGUGAAUUGUAUUGCAGUAGAAAUUGUCAAUUCAAUCAUACAAGAUAUUGGUGAUAAGUUGUUUUCAAUUUUGAUUGAUGAGUCGAAGGAUAUAUCUUCAAAGGAGAAAAUGUCAAUUGUGUUGAGAUAUGUAGACAAAGGGUGUGUGAUUAAGCAAUUUGUCGGUAUUGUACAUGUUACCGAUACAAGUUCUUUAUCACUUAAAGAAGCUAUUGAUGGAUUCUUUUCUAUACAUGGAUUAAGCAUGACAAGUUUGCGUGGACAAGGUUAUGAUGGAGCAAGCAAUAUGCGAGGAGAAUUUAAUGGAUUGAAAACAUUAAUUUUGAGAGAAAAUGAAUGUGCAUUUUACAUUCAUUGUUUCUCUCAUCAACUUCAAUUAGCUUUGGUAGCUAUUGCAAAAAAUCAUGUAGAGAUCGUUGGUCUUUUUCUUUUAGUUGUAAAUGUGGUGAAUGUUAUUGGUGCAUCAGCAAAACGUCGAGACAUGUUAAGAGAGAAACAUAGUGCCAACACUUUUGAAGCUCUGAAUAAUGGUGAGCUGUCAAGUGGAAGAGGAUUAAAUCAGGAAACAAUGAUUAAACGACCAGGAGAUACACGGUGGGGAUCACACUACAUCACUUUGGUGAGAUGUAUUUCAAUGUUCUCAUCCAUUUGUGAGGUACUUGAGAUAAUCAUAGAUGAUGGAUCAAAUUCUGAACAAAAAUAUGAAGCAAAGAGAAAAGAUCAUGAUAUUGUGAAUGCAAUGAAUUUGGUCAAGAUUUGUAAAGUAAGAUUACAGUUAAUGAGAGAGUCAGGAUGGCAAUCAUUGUUGGAUGAAGUUUCAAGUUUUUGUAAUAAGCAUGUUAUUGACAUGCAACUUCAAGAGUUAAAUAAUCGUUUCAGUGAGAAAAGCACCGAGUUGCUUCUUUGUGUGGCAUGUCUCAAUCCAAGCAACUCAUUUACGGUUUUUGACAGACAAAAGCUCAUUUGCCUUGCACAAUUUUAUCCUAGAGAUUUUUCAACUACGGAGCUUCUUAUUCUUGAAGAUCAGCUUCAAAAUUACAUCAUUGAUGUGUGUUCAGAUAAUAUGUUUGUUAGGUUAACAAGUAUUGGUGAUCUUUCUCAAAAAAUGGUGAUAACAGCUAAAGAUAAAGUUUACCCAUUAGUCUAUCGGUUGCUUACCUUAGCAUUGAUCUUACCAGUUACAACGGCUACCGUGGAGAGGACAUUUUCUGCUAUGAGCAUUAUAAAGACUCAGUUGCGUAAUCGAAUGGAAGACCAAUGGAUGCAUGAUUGUCUUGUAGCAUAUAUUGAGAGAGAUUUAUUUGAUAAGAUAGAUAAUGAAGCUAUUAUGUAUCGAUUUCAAAAUAUGAAAUCUCGUAGGGGACAAUUGUGA